UAGCGUGAGUACUUUUACUGGGAAAACUCAUCGUAUCAGACAUUAAUGUGCACAACUUCGUCAACGAUUACUAUGUGAAAGAUAUCGGUGUUAAAAUAUGACAGGAAUAGGAUACAAGAAAAUGUCUUCCAGUGCAAGUGUACCUUUGAUAAGGCCAUCAGUAUUUAGACAAGUCACAGAUUUUGCAAAUGUUUUUAAAGCAUUUAUUGGAACCAACUGGAUUGGUUUGCCAUUUGCUUUUAAACAAAGUGGAAUUGUGCUUGGAUGUGUUGGAAUUCUCAUUAUUGCACUUAUCACAGAUCACUGUUGCCAGUUGAUCAUCAAAUGUAAGAAAGCUGCUGUCCAAAUUGUUCUGGACUCUGCAGCCCCAAAGUCAGGUGAUGUUGAAUCUCAGGAUACAGACAUGGCUGACAUGCGAAACACUGUAGAGAAACGGAUGUUUUUUGGAGAAAUUGGCAGAAUUGCUUUGGGCAAGAAGGGAGUGUUUCUUGUAAAUGCAGCACUUCUUGCAACACAGUAUGGCUUCUGCAUUGGCUAUUUCAUUUUUUUGGGCAACACUAUAACAUCGAUGUUUCCUACUCCACAUAAUUCAUCCAUUUCCACGAGUACUACAGCAAAGUCGCAUGUGAAUUACCAUCCUCCUGCAUUUGCUCUGCUCAUUCUUGUGCCACUGAUUCCAUUGAUACUGUUUUCAUACAUAAGAAGUAUUCGUAAGCUGGGUCCAGUUAGUUUUGUAGCUAAUGUGGCUCUCUUGGUUGCGUUUGUCUCAGUGGUGGGAUAUAUGUUAAGUGGUUUAAAAUUCAAACUAAAGGAAAUCAAGCUGUCAAACUGGGCUACAUUUCCAGUAUUUUUUGGCCAAGUGACUAGUGCUUAUGAAGGAAUUGGAACUUUAAUUCCUAUUGAAACAAGCAUGGCAGAGAACCGACACAGAUUUCCUUUGUAUUUACACUUUGCUGUUGGAUCUCUCUCAGUAAUUCUUGGUUGCUUUGGUAUUCUUGGAUACACAGUGUAUGGGGAGGAAGUAGAUCAGAUUGUCACAGAAAGCUUUCCCUCAGGAGUAUUGAUUCAAGUGGUUCGCUGUUUGCUGUGCUUUGCUAUACUCCUCACAUAUCCUCUGCAGGUCUUUCCAGUUAUCGAGAUCAUUGAGGGUUGGCUGUUUACAACUGACUGUAACACUGCUGUGGAGAUCAGCACCAACAUUGACAGUGAAUCGUCCGAAGCAUCUGUAGCAUUACAGGCCAGUGAAACUUCAUGGUUACUUGCACCAGAAAUACCAAAACAGAAAAGUUUGGCAAGAAAGUGGAAGAAAAAUUUGCUAAGGACGUUUAUAGUUUUGACAACUGCUGGCAUUGCUAUUGCACUCAAAGAUGAUUUUGCAUAUGUCAGUGCCAUUGUUGGUUCCAUUGGAAGUGCUACUUUGGGCUUCAUUUUACCUUGUGUUUUCCACUUGGUACUUUGCAAAGACUCUAACACGAGGCUAAUCAAAGUUAAAGAUUGUUUGUUUAUUGCCUUUGGCAUCAUUGGAGGGGUUGUAGGUGUAACAAUUACAAUAAAACAGAUUGUUCAACAAUUUACCAAAAGUUAAUAAUAAUUGUUUACAGUUGAGAUUAUUUUAAACUACCUGUAAAGAGUAGUUUCAUAUUUUCAUAAUCUGUAAACAGAACAGCAAUGAAAUGACUUAAGAUAUUAAUAAGCUUCAAAUUUUCAUAUUAUUUUGUGCUGCUUUGUAGCUAUAUACAUUUCCUGAAGGUAUUUUUUAUGGGAAACAUUCAAUUUAUUUUAGUCACUGAAAGGAAACCCAGUAGGUGAGGAAUUGUAAAAAUAUUAUAGAAAUUAAUGAUUGAUUUUUGACAUUCAUAACCAAGGAUAUACUAGUAGAAGAUAUCCCUGAGCAAUGUUUCUUUCUCAAUCAUCAAGUGUUGAUUCAGGCAAACAGAGAUUCUCUAUUGUUUCUUUUGCUUUCACCAAAGGUGUUUAUUUUAAAAACUCCAAUGGAGAAAACUGUUGAAACAGAAAUUAGCAGAAUCAGUUUAAAAAAAUGCUAAUAAAAAUGAUAGAAAUUGCCAU